AUGGAAACACACCCCUCCCGUUCAGUUACAAGAGCGGAAGGAGGGAGUACAGCAGAAUUAAGGCACGAGGAGGAUUCAUCUAUGCGGGAUCAACAGAAAAAUGCGAGUAAGGGAAAAUAUAAUUCUGAUCAUCAUGAGAUCCAGGACCACAUGGUUGGUACUUCUGUAGCAAUUCAAUUACCAAUUCUUCAAACCGAAAGCAGGAGUACAGAAGAUUUUGAAGCUCCUUAUUAUUCUCUUGCAGACAACAGUAAGCGUGAUGAUACUGAAUCCGACAUGAUCGAAUUGAAAACCAUGUCUGGUGCUACCACAUCACUGACAUUAUUGAAGAAUUACUUUUUCUCGACUCCAAAUUCCCCUCAAAAUCUGAAUCUCGAGCAAGAAGGCUCAAUAGAUCAAAGUAUUCACUCAAGGCGUGAAAGAAGGUUAACUCUUCGACAAUUAACAACACCUACAAAUCCAAACGAAAAAUACUGUGUCGUUUCACAAUGUUACUUUCCGAAUGCCAUGUUUUCUAAGAACCACUUUGUAAAUUAUGAAAAUUUGGAGAUGUUCAAAUUUGUACUGACAGACGUGGAAGAUAUCGAAGAAUAUUUAGCUGAAUUUUACGAAACUUAUGGUUAUCACACUAAUGAAGCAGAUGUGACCACAAAUCUAUACGUGUGUGAUAACGUGUUUUCUUGUAUAUUUAAUAGACAUGAGUAUGCUCUUGGCAAAUAUAAGAAUUUAAUCAAAUAUUUUGGCUUGAUUGACAUUGCUACUUUACACAAACGCAUGAAAUCGUACCAGCUCUCAUGCAGAGACUUUAUUACUAAUUGCUUGUGGAUAAUGUUCAUGUCUGUAACGUAUUUAUUGUUCAUAGCUCUGUUAUGUAUUUCAAUUUGGUUGGUUGAAGGAGGUCAUGAAUUAGAAUUGCUGAGAAACACAACAAUAAGCUCUGGAAACGUUACAGCUUCCUCACUAGAUUGUCAUGAAGACAAUUUGUUACGUUUGUCCCAACCACUAUUUGAACAUGGAAGCAUGAAUAAUUCAGCCCUUGAGCCAAUAAUGCAAUACUCAUUAACCAACCUUCCUAAGUGGAAUUAUUUGUCUUCAUUUUACUUUACCUCAACGACAAUGCUAACCAUAGGGUAUGGUGACUAUAGCCCCUCAACGCCAGGUGGGCAGUUUCUUGUAGUAGUUUUUGCGUUUUUUAGUCUUUUCCUCACUACUCUAGUGAUCACAGCUAUCGGUGAGAGAUUUUUAUCAAACACUACAUGUGUAUUAUACAUCCUGUCACACACCAUGAUGAGAAUAGUUCGAUUCACCAUUAUUAAGGCUUCCAUGAGAAACAAAUUUAAGAAUAUAUCGAAGGCAUUUACAAGUCCAUUUGCACAGCUUGUUUAUCUAGGUGUAUUUAUAUUGAUUUACAUUCUGAUUGGCUCAUUAUUUUUCUAUCUGCUUGAGGAUUCCAAAGGAGACACAUGGACUUUCGGUACCGCUAUUUAUUUCGCUGUUGUCACUCUGACAACCAUUGGAUAUGGCGACAUUUAUGUCCAACAUGAGAUGUCAAAACUAGUUCUAGUUGUAUUCGUUUUGUUUGGAGUUGGUUUUCUUGCAGUACUUUUUACCAAAUUGAUAGAAGUUGUUACACCAGCCAUGACCUCAAUUGUCAAUAGAAAGACAUCAAAACAAAAGCAAAAGUUGAUCAAAGAAUUCAAAGACAGACAUCAAAACAAGAGUCCUUAG